AUGGGGGUCCUUAGUGAGGCAGUGACAAGUGUGCAGGGAUUCCAGUCGGACAGUGACACGCCUAUCUCUACACCACCCAAAGCACCGAGUCGAGCGAAGCAGUUCACUAAGCAGAGUGCAAUUAUGCAGCCUUCUUUCUCCUCAACGUUGUCACGUUUUUCUUCAACAGAGUCGUUAAAUCCAACAGAAGAAAAAAGAAAGAAAGAUGCUCAAGUCAGUGUCCAGUCAGAGUCUGGGAAUACAGCUCAAGAAGAAGAAAGUAAUGGUACCACUCAUGACCAGUCAGGACAGGAAGGCGUCAGAACAGGUGAAGAUGUCUCACAGAGCCUCAGAAAAAGUGGCACGGACAUAGAAACAUCCCAGCAAGAAGAGGAGGAUGAAGAUGAGAAAGCCUCCAAAGUCUCCAAUGAAAAUGUGGAGGAGGAGGAUGAUGAGAAUAAUGAGGCAGAAGAAACAGAUGCUGAAGAUGAGGAGGGGAAAGAAGGAGGACAGGGAGAGAGUGGAAGCGAUGUGGAAGACAAAGAGGAGAAUAGGGGCGAGAGCAGCGUUGAUGAAGAGGAGAGUGUUUCUCAAGAGGGCGAGGAAGAAGAAGAAGGUGAGAAGAAAACAAGCUCAAGCGGUGAGGAAGAGGAAGAGGAUGAAGAGAGUGAGAAGAGCAGUGCUACAGAGCCUGAAGGGGAGGAAGAGGAGGAAGGAGAAGAAAGCAGUGAGGAGACAGGGGAAGGAGAGAAGAUUGAGGAGGAAGUUGAGGAAGAGACUGCAGAGGAGGAAGAAGGGGGUGAGGAGGAGGAGGAGGAACAACAAGACGUUACAGAGGACGGAGGAGAAGAGGGUGAGGAAGAAGGUGAAGAAGAGAGUGGAGGCGAGGAGGAGGAAAAAGAGAAAAAUAUGGAGUGUGAUAAAAAGGCCAUGGUAGAGACUGAGGAGGAGGAGGAGGAAGAGGUGAGUGAGGAAGAGGAGAAUGAAACAAAGAUUAAACCAAAAACAGAGACAAGACUCGAAACUCAGAGAAAGGAAAGAAAAAUGGAGCAAACCGAAGGAAAUGACGAAAAUGAAGAUGCAGGUGAGGACGAGGAUGAGAAUGAGACUAAUGAAGAGGGAGAAGAGGAAGCAGAAGAAGAGGAAGAGGAGAGUAAAAAAGUGGAAGAGGAAGAGGAGGAAGAAGAAGAAGGAGAAGAGGGGGAGGAAGAGGACGAAGAUGAAGAGGAAGAAGAGAUAAAGGUCAAAUCAACAAAAAAAAAAGACGUCACACAGAAGUUGCCUCCUAAAGCUGCUCCUCCGGACAGAAAAGAGGUGAGAGAAACACCCAAACCAGCGCCGAGGACAAAGCAGAGAGCUGUGGGGGAGAGGAAGCCAGAGGAGUCUCAGCAGUUCUGGAACAAUGUGCUGCCACAGUAUCUGGACCUGCAGUGAAGUCACCACACAAGUGUUUAACUGAGAAAAAACACUGUCUCAAGCCAACAGCAACCAGCUGCCAAAAUGUCACGCAGCAAGAAAGACCUGCACGCUGUGAGCCAGACUCGACCAAAUGAGGCGUCAGCUAAAUGUUAAAAGUACAUUUUUCUAAUUGUCACCCCCUAACCUAUUCAUUCCUACUGACAACGUUCAUCUGAAAAAUGUCAUAUAGAAAGUCGUUUUAAAAAGGUUCGCUUACUUCCCAAAACAACUGGUACUGUGGUUUUUAGAAAACAUUAUUCAAAAUACAUUCAGGGGACUAUUUUCAGAAGAGGAUUAAUAUUUGGUGUUCUAGUGAGGACUUACAGCAGCAGAGGGAGGUACAGUAUAUUAGGCUUUAGCUACAUAUGCAGUACUUGUAAAUGGGGCAGUUCAUUUUGGUUUUGGUCUUUUCAUGGGAUUUGUGGAUAGUGAGAAAAAUACAGAAUAUCACCAAACAUCCUUUGAAAAUAUAAAUGUGAUUCAAACUGAAGCGUGACUGUUGCUCGACACACUUAAUUGCACAACAUCAAUGAAUAUUUUGCCCUUCACUCCUUUGUAUCAUCGGGCAUGUUUUCUCUUUAUCUGUCGACUUUUUUGAUGUAAAAAAAGUCUCAUUAGUAAGUUGUUUUUUAUUUGUACCAGUAACCAGUUGUGUGCUCUGUUCUUCAUAUUGUUGUUGCUUCUGCCCGGAUAUUGUUAGAUUGUUAUCUAUGGUUAAGAUGAUUACACUACUUUGAGACAUCAAAGUGAACUGUAGCACAUGAAUGUUCAAAUUAUGUAAGCUGUUCACCGAUGUGUCUAUGUGCUAUCACUAACUUCAUAGUGAGCAAAUUCCUGCAGUAAUUACAUGCAUUUUAAGAGCAAGGUAUGUACAGCAGGACAAAAACAGUGCUUUCAAAUGCUUAAUCCUUAAAGGAUUCUUCAAAAUAUACACAAUGAA